GGAGUGGGUUUGGCGAAGUGGCAAUGUAAAUCGUUGCUAAGAGGAGUAUUCCGUUUUUGUCGACGAAAUGUAGAGAGUAACUCAUUAAAAGUUGCGAAUUCCUCUAUCGGAUUAUUAUUUACGUUUAGUUACAUGAAGUGAAUGUAGUAGUCGAGUGUAUUUAGUACAACCACAACUACAUUUACCUGGAAGUGGGACUACUUUUCAUCUGAAAGUGAACAGGAGAUUUCAAGGACCUUGGACGCAUUAACGUUAGCUAGCUGCACUGUAUGAAGCUGCUGGUUUGACAUUAAACAAGUUGCCAUUUUUUGCCGAAUGUUUUACCCAACCUAAAGGUCCCAGUCUGCAUCACCACUCCAGCCACCCAGUACUGUGGCAACAACUCAGUCCAGACUGUGGAGGUCUCAGAACCAGACACUCAGAGCAACUGCCAUACAAAGAAAAAGGUGGUACAGAUAUCCUCUGGCUACUGGCUUCCUAAUUUGCCUUUCCUAAUUGCCUCUCGCCACUACUGGAGGUAGCACUGUGGAAAGUGAUUGGGGAAAAGUAUUGUGCAACAGGUUUUCACUUACUGCCAGUACAUGGAGAUGUGAGAGAGGAGCAGGACUCUUGUGGGUCACUAGCGGAAUUCAACCCAGCAGGGGGCCAUGGGAAAGGAACAGGAGCUUCUGCAGGCGGUUAAGAACGGUGACCUGCUCUCCACACAAAAAAUACUUGCGAAGCUCAAAACCAGCAGAAGCAAGUUGUUAGGCUCAACCAAGAGGCUAAAUGUCAACUAUCAGGAUUCGGAUGGAUUUUCAGCAUUACACCAUGCUGCUCUGACAGGUACCACAGACCUGCUCUCCCUGCUGCUAGAGGCUCAGGCCACUGUUGACAUCAAGGACAGCAAUGGAAUGCGUCCGCUGCAUUAUGCCGCGUGGCAGGGGAAGGCUGACUCUGUGCUGACACUACUCAAAGCGGGAGCCUUGGUCAACGGAGCAUCGCAAGAUGGCCAGAUCCCAUUGCAUCUUGCUGCGCAGUAUGGACACUACGAGGUGUCUGAGAUGCUCCUACAGCACCAGUCCAAUCCCUGCCUAGUGAAUAAGGCUAAGAAAACGCCUCUGGAUUUGGCCUGUGAAUUUGGCAGGCUGAAGGUUGCCCAACUGUUGUUGAACAGUAACAUGAUUACCACUCUGUUGGAGGGGGACCGGAAGGACACUGUUGACUCCGUGUUCAACACUCCCCUCCACCUCGCCGCUCGCAAUGGCCAUAAGGACAUAAUUCGGUUGUUACUAAAAGCAGGAAUUGACAUCAACAGAGCCACCAAAGCAGGCACUGCUUUGCAUGAAGCCGCCCUCUAUGGGAAGACUGAGGUAGUGAGGCUACUGCUGGAUGCUGGCAUUGAUGUCAACAUCCGUAACACGUAUAACCAGACAGCCCUGGACAUCGUCAAUCAGUUCACAACCUCCCAUGCCAGCAAGGACAUCAAACAACUUUUACGAGAUGCCACAGGAGUACUUCAGGUGAGAGCUCUGAAGGACUACUGGAACCUCCAUGACCCUACUGCCCUCAACAUUCGUGCUGGAGACAUCAUUAUGGUGCUGGAGCAGCACAUGGACGGCCGCUGGAAGGGUCACAUCCAUGACAGUCAGCGAGGCACAGACCGUGUGGGCUACUUCCCUCCGUCUAUAGUGGAGGUCAUGAGCCGACGUUGUGGGGGCACCCUGUCGCGCCACUGCUCUCUGCCGUGCCAGAGACAGCAGCAGCAGCUUUCCAGAGCACCCCUCACCUCCAACCUCAGCAUGAGCACCUCAGUCACCCCCCAAACUGAUGACUCCUACACUCUGUAUGUCCCUAACCCCCACCUGGCUCUGGCCCAUUCCAGUGGCCUGACCACCAACCCAGGUGGGCCUCCCAGCAGCCUCUCCCAACCUACUUUCCCCUGCCUCGAGGACAUUUGGGUUCUGAGGAACUCCGACAUCGCAGGAGACAGAAACAGCGUGGGCAGCACUGGCAGUGUUGGGAGCACGCGGAGUGCCGGUAGUGGACAGAGCACAGAGAGCAACUGUACACCCAAUGGCCCACACCUGCACACCACCAACCCUGAUGCCAACAAGCAGCCAGCACCCCCUGGUGGUGACGCCAUACCAACCGAUCAGCACAAACAGCCUGACCAGUCUACAGCUAUUCCUCGGAGGCCAGUGCUUGCUGUGGCAAGAGCACCAGAGCCUGGUUUCUCGCAGCAGUUUGUACGACCUCAGCAGCUGCUGGAGGGCAAGGAUGCUGAAGCAAUCUACCAGUGGCUGAGUGACUUCCAGUUGGAGCAGUACACUGCCAAUUUCCUCAACGCUGGAUAUGACGUCCCCACCAUCAGCCGAAUGACCCCUGAGGAUCUUACUGCUAUUGGUGUUACAAAGCCAGGUCACCGGAAGAAGAUCUCAUUGGAGAUCGGAAACUUGAGUAUCCCAGAGUGGCUGCCUGAAUACACACCAGCGGACCUGGGUGAAUGGCUCAGUGCUAUAGGUCUGCCUCAGUACCAUAAGAAGCUCUUGGAGAAUGGCUAUGACUCCAUCAGCAUUGUCCGGGACCUCACAUGGGAGGAUCUACAGGAGAUAGGGAUCACCAAGCUAGGCCAUCAGAAGAAGAUCAUGCUGGCAGUGAAGAAGCUUUGUGAUUUACAUAAGGCCCUCCUCCAGGCUGAAUCAGGUCAGGGCACACUGCGCCGCAAUGCGCCCAUGGCCCUUGACCUGCUCCCCAUUGAGCCACCUGCCGCCGAUGGCAACCUCCCUUCCCCGCACACCCCCAAAAUGCUCACCUUCCAGGACAGCGAGUUGAGCGCCGAACUGCAGAGUGUCAUGGCCACACACUAUAGCGGCACUCAAGAUGGCCUGGCCAUCAAGAAUGCCACAGCUAUGUCUGCUAGCCAGGAGAGCAUUGAUGCUCGCUCCCGAGGCUCAGGUCGAUCACAGGAGCCUUCCGUCACAUCCUCUUCCUCCUCAGCCACGACCACUCACAGCCGAUCGCAGGAGAGUCUGACCAAUGCUGACAGCAGCCCUGUGAAAGAGCGGAACAUUCCAGAAGGCCGGGACCAGCAGCAGCGUGCUGUGGGGGGCUCCCCAGGCUUUAAGUAUCCCCCAGUACAUGCCAAGCCCUCACAGGGUGCCUCUUCAUCCCAGAAGGCUUUCAGCUACUUACAUGCAAACAGUGGCAGUGCCACCCUGGACCGGCACUCACCUGGAGUGCCCAAGAAGCGCAUGCAGAGUCUAAAACGCUACGCUUUGUCCGAUGGCGAGCCCGAUGAGGAGGACGAUGAAGAGUCAGUCCGGCCCACCAUCAACGCCCUGCCUUCCUACGCCACCCUGAGCCGCAGGUCAGGCCGUGGGCAGAUGGCCCGCCUUCAGUCUGCCCCCGAGCAAUCAAUUGGCCGCAGUCAAUCGUUUGCCAUCAGGGCCCGGCGCAAAGGACCACCCCCUCCUCCUCCAAAGCGCCUCAGCUCCGUUACCAACAGCAACCCCAGUGGCGAAGUUGUGCCAGACUCCCAAGCACCACCUGCAGGCAGAGUGGAGGCUGACAGCCCUGGCAAUGUAAAGAGUAUCGCAGCUACUUUAGAAAUGGUCUUAAUGGGCCCAAGGGCGGAGCUCCACCAGGAGGUCAACACCUCACUUUCCACCUCCACCGAGGGAUCCAGGAGACGAGCGCUGAGCCAAAGCGAGCCCAGCCCAGCUCCACAGGUGGAAGCAGAUAGAUCGAUCAAGUCAGACUCUGAGGAAGACGAGAGUGCCAAGGAUGCUAGCCUUGACAGCUCAUCCUCCCCCCAGAACAGUUCCAGUGAGUGCAUCCCCUUUGCUGAAGAAGGCAAUCUCACCAUCAAGCAGCGGCCCAAGGUGAGCGGGCCGGCCAAGGCUGACGACUUUGUGGAGCCUCCCGAAAAGCCCCAGGCUGCCAAGGAGCAUGAAAUCCCAGAGUUCAACCUAAAGGAGUCAGACACAGUGAAGAGACGGCACAAGCCAAAAGAGAAAGAGCAGCCAACGACUGUGGGCGGGGCCAGUGAAGACGAUGAAUUGCAGGGGCCGGGCUUGGUCAACCUGCACAUCAGCGUGACCGAGAUCACUCCAUUCUGCCCAGGGCCUCCAACAGCACAGCCAGCAACAGCACCCCCACCUCUUGCCCCAAAACCAGCCAGUCCUCCAAAACCUCCACAUCACACCACUAAUCUCAGACAGCCUGAACCUCCAACCACAGUGGGAGGAUCGAGUGUGACGCUGAAUGUGAUACAAAGUGUGGCGUUUACAGCACCCCCAUCUCCUGUGCCAUGUUCCCCAGUGGCUGGGCCUGUGAUUCAGGCUAUUGCACCAGAGCAGUACCAGACCUGUUUGGAGGCUGGUCCAGGGGCUGUGCAGGUGCAGCGGCGGCUGGAUCAGACAAGUUCGUCUCUGGAGGAGGCACUGAAAGCCGUGGAGAGGAAGCUCACCCUGGAGGACAUGACUGACGGAGGGUGCCAAACAGUGAAAUCUGCAGGGAACAUUCUGGAUGAUAUCGGGAACAUGUUUGAUGAUCUGGCAGAUCAGCUGGACGCCAUGCUGGACUGAGCUCUCCUCUUCCAUGUCAUCUGGCAGACCAGAUUCCUGGUCAGGUUGGACAUGGGAAGCAGAAGGAAAGAUGAGCAAGCCCAAACAACUCCUUCAGCUGUUUGCUUCUCUUCUGCUUUGAUGUGGAAUAGGACUUAGCUGCUUGGUGGUGUCAUAGAGAAAUAACGUUUGUGGAAUCCUGGAAUUUUCUGAAAGCCGUUUCAUCCUGUGAACACACAAGCACUUAUCCCAUCUGUCCAGUGAGGUGACCACAGCCUGCUGCUGCUACAAACAGGGCUUUCCUCCUCAUCUGUGUUACAGACACUACCAGACUCCAGCUGUGGUAUCCUGCUUGAAAUGUUACAGCUCUUCUAAGAUAUGACUUACCAACCCUUUAUUUAUUUAUUUUCUCUUACUUGUAUUACCUUUCUCUUAUACCUGUUUAUCUUUGGCUGGAUUUCUAAAUACAAAACUAACUUAUCAAAACUAACAUCAUUUUUAUAAAUGACUGUAUGAAAUGGUUAAUGACAAUAAAUACUAAUUGGACAAAUGGAUCCUGAUGAACAGGUGCACUAAGGAGAAUCAUUCCUUAAGCAAUAGCCUAGAAAUUAAGUAUUCCUGUACUAAAAUGUAUUUUUAAAUUUGUAUGUGUUUUUCAGAUACCUGUAUUUUCCUGACCAUUUCAAUUUUAACAUCAGAACUAGUUUUAUGUCAAACAGAUGUUUUCUCUGUUAAGAUACAACUGUCUUGGUGCCAGUAAAAUGUUUAAAUAUGAAUUACACUUUAGUUCUGUAUAGAAGAGACACAGGUCUUGGGUAGUUAUUCUUUCAAAGAGAACACAUCAUCACUAACUUUUUAGCAACACUCAGUACUGCCAACAUGGAAUAAGAUGGGCAGUAAAUGAACAAAAGAUGAUAAAUCAUACUGGUAUUGACUAUUUUUGAAAUUAUUUCAACUCCAUAUUAGUAAAAAUAUUUAAAAAUGUCAAAAUAUGUAUUUUGUACAGUAAAGAUAUAUAUAUAUGAUUGGGAGCAAAACUAUGUUCUACCAAAGUAUAUUUUUUCUUGAACUGUUUUCAUGAAUUGUUUCUCAUGCAGGUAAACUAACUUUUGGUUAUAUUGUUAACACUAUUACAGUUUUUUACGUAAUGUUCACCUUAUGUUUUGUUACUUGUUUCUCUGGUUUCUCCACUAUUAAAACAGCUGUCUGUUUACUGUCAGUUAAUUGUUUGAUUGUUAAAAGUAUGGUUUGUAUUUAGUAAGUUUAGUUUAUAUAGUUUUACAUUUUUGAACUUAAAUUGAUGGGCGUAGACCACAGAAAUCAGAGCUCCUAAAGCAAGACCUUUUUAUCCCAGGUCAACUAAGAUGCUGGCAAAGGAAAAGUUCAGGUUUUUGGGGAGCAGUCAUUCAGUAAUGAGGGAUUUUUCACUGCCAAUUCUUACCCUUUUUUAAAACUAUUUCUAAAAAGAAACCUUGUCGAGUUAAGUAAUUUCAAACAGCUUGCUUAUGUGGUUUCUAAUCCUGUAUAUGUAUAAAAAUGGGCAAAAGAGCCUUAAAAUCCAGGCUCCAGAAGCUGCUGUUAUGCAGAGCCCAGUCUUAAAAAUAAGCACAAUUUCCACAUAUAAUUUCCAUUAAAUCAGUAGGAGGUUACCUGUAUAGAAUUUGAUAAAACUGUUACUGUGGCCUGAUCACACUACAUGAGAGAUGUAAAAAAAUUAAAAAAUAAAAUAAAUAAAUA